CGUUCGUUCUUUCAAACCUUUCUCUCUCUCUCUCUCUCUCUCUCUCUGCUCUGCUCUCUAUCUUUCUCUCAAAGUACCGCCAACCCUGCGUACGGCCGCAGAGGCCGGAAAACCACCUGCCGUGCGCCGGAAACCUCCCUAAGCUCAAUCCCUCCGUCGCGUGGAGAAACCGCACUGGGGAUCCCGGUUUCGUUUCCGGCGGGGCGUCUCCAUCGUCUUCUUCCCUCUUGAUUUUCGUUAAGCUCUCCCCUGAAGUCGUCGGAGAGCUAAACGGAGGCCAUUCGAGCUGGUCACGCCGACCCUCUUACCGCUGGUAUUCGGAGACGGAGCGACGAAGUCGUGCGGCUUCCCUGAAGCUGGGCGGAUCUCCGGCUUCUUCUCCGUUUCCGGUGCUUCGCUUCAGCGUUUUUCCAUGUUUUUGACCGUCGCGGUGGAAUUUUCGGCAUGCAUGAAAGUAUCGGGGAAGAAACUAUUCUGAGAACGACUCAUCAUUUUCCUUUGCCGGAUAUUUCAACCGUUCUAGAGAAGCUUGCUUCUAGCUUAUAAAGGAGAAAUGUUUGGAAAGGCACGUCCGCCUGCAGGCUCUCCUGCCAAAGCUGAGGUGGGGGAGAUCGAUACUAGUGCACCAUUUCAAUCUGUUAAAGCUGCUGUCAGCUUGUUUGCUGAGGGAGCGUUCUCUGCAGAGAAAGUUGCCGUGAAGAAGACCAAGACACCGGACGCCGAGAAAAGAGUCGAAAAGGAGACACAGCUUCUCUUGGCUCAGAGAGAACUGAAGAAGUAUAAGGAGCGUCUCCGUAGUGCAGAGAGCACAAAAGACCAAGCCUUGGUUGAGCUUGAGAAGGCACGAGGAAUUGCGAACACUCUUACCUACAAGCUUAGUGGCCUAAAUGAAUCUAAGGAAUCUUCUCUUCUAGCAACACAAACAGCCAAUGAUCAAGCCAAAGAACUUGAAGGGGCAAAUUCCAAUAAUCAAAUUAGCAACGACACUUCAUGGCAAACCGAGUUGGCUGAUGCCAGGGGACGUUAUUCUAGUGUUGUGGCUGAGCUUGAUGAGGCCAAGCAAGAAUUGAGAAGGAUGCGGCAGGAGUUUUGUGCGUCAACUGAUAUGAAGGCUUCUGCUGCUGCACGAGCAACGGAAGCAGUACAUGCCAUUGAAGCCAACACAGGACGUGCACAUGAACUUCGCAAGGAGAUUGCUGCUGUUAAUGACUCCCUUACCCAUGUCAAGCAUGCUUACGUGCAAACCAUGCAGGAGCAUGCUGGCAUUAUGAAAUCACUCGAGGACAGUUCGUCGACAACAGCAGCACAGCAAACCCAAGUGGUACUCGAAGCUUUGCAAAUGGAGGCGCAUGCUGAAGAUACUGGCGACCUUGAGGCCAAACUUGCGGCGACAGUGGCUGAAGUUAGGAGUAUCGAACAGCAACUUAACUCAGUGAAAGCAUCUCAGUUGAGUUCAUUGGCAAGUGUAACCACAGACCUCACUGAAGCUAAAGGAACCCUUCACAAAUUGGCAGAAGAGGAACAAACUCAGAGAAAUUUACUGGAGUCACUAAAAAUGGAACUUGCGAAGGUGAAGAGGGAACACCAGGAAUUGAAGAAAAAAGAGGCAGAAGCUGAAAUUAUUAGUGGAGAACUGCAGUCCAAGCUGCAAAAUGCAAAGGACGAGCUUGCUGUGGCACUUGCUGCUGAAGCUAAGGUCCGAGGUGCAUCUGAUGAGCUCAUAUCGACUCUCAAUCAGCUGACUGCAGAAUGUGAGGAUGCGAAGGUGGAGGCGGAUAAAAUGAAGCAAGAAGCUGAAAUGCUGAAAAGAGAGGCAGAGACCACUAAGAUUGUCCUUGAAGAUUCAGAGAAAAGACUCUCGGUUGCACUAGUGGAGGCUGAAGAAGCUAAGGCUGCUGAAGCCAGUGCUCUCAGUCAGAUCAAAUCAUUGUCUGAAAAGACUGAUGCUGCCCGUGCAUCAACAUCAGAACAUGGUGCGAAGAUCACAAUAUCGAUGGAAGAGUUUGAUUCGUUGAACAAGAAGGUGAAUGAUGCAGACACUCUGGCCGGGAUGAAAGUUUCUGCUGCGGCAGCUUUAGUGGAAGCAGUGAAGGCAAGUGAAACGGAGGCAAUGAAGAAGCUGGAGUCUAUCCGAAAGGAGAUUGAAGGGAUACAAGUUGCAACGGCGGAAGCUAUUAAGAAGGCAGAGAUGGCCGACGCAGCGAAAAGUGCAGUAGAAGGGGAGCUGAAAAGAUGGAGGGAAAGGGAGCAAAAGAAGUGGGGCUCUGCUGAAAUCAGCCCACGAGUGCCUGUGGACCAAAAGGAGUACGUCGCAAACAGACUUUCCGAUGUAGGGCCAGCCACCGUCGAAAUGAAAGCUUGCUGGGCGGAUAAAUCUGCCAACAACAGCCGGAAAAUUGUGAGGUCAUCAACAAUGAAGAAGAAGAUGUUCCCAAGCUUGAGUGGUAUUUUUAAUAGGAAGAAAAAUCAGGUUGAGGCUGGAAUGGCAUCAUAUCUUCCUGGCGAAAAUGUAUCCUAAGGUUCGCGACAUUAUUUUGGGGGACGUAAGUGCUAUAUAUCUUGUUUAUAUGCAUUUCGGUGGCGACUUGAUAUGUACUGGUGGGGGCUUUCAAUGUGUAUAAUCUUGAGAAGAACGGAAGAAGCGAAGCCUUUAAUUA